AUGAUAAAAUUUAGAUAUAUUUUGAUAAAGAAACAAGCAUUUUAUCAAAAUUGGGUUUCAAAAAGAUAUAUACAUUAUCAACGUUUUAGACGUACAAGUUUUGGAUUAGAAAAUCGAAGUUUUUGGUGCAUUUCAGGUGUUAUUUCAUUAAUAGCAGGUGUUUAUUAUUUCUCACAUAUAGAAUACGUUCCAAUAUCAAAUAGAAGAAGAUUUAAUGAUGUAUCUCCUCAAUUUGAGAAAAAAAUAUCACAAGAAACAUAUCGACAAAUUAUACAUCAAUAUAGAGGGCGGAUCUUACCAUCUAAUCAUCCAUUAACACGUCGUGUACAACAAGUGAUGAUACGAUUAAUACGUGCAUCAAAAUUAAAAGAUAUAGACUGGGAAAUUCAUGUGAUUGAUGAUCCUCAACGAAAUGCCUUUAUUCUUCCAGGUGGAAAAGUAUUUGUUUUUUCAGGAAUAUUACCAAUCUGUAAAAAUGAAGAUGGUCUAGCAGUUGUUCUUGCUCAUGAAACGGCUCAUCAGAUUGCGCGUCAUUCAGCGGAAAAGUUAUCAUUUACAAAACUUGUUCUUUUUGGAUAUUUUAUUAUAUCUCUUUUUUAUGAUCCUUCAAUUUUAGGCCGGGCUAUUAUAGAUAUUUGUCUUUUAAAACCAAAUUCUAGAAAACUAGAAACAGAAGCGGACUAUAUAGGAUUAAUGCUUAUGAGUGAAGCAUGUUAUGAUCCUAAUGAAGCUCCUCGUCUUUGGAAAAGAAUGUCUAUUUCAGAAACUAAAACACCUCCAAAAUGGUUUAGUACACAUCCUACACAUGAUAACCGUAUUACUAAAAUUAAUGAAUGGAUGCCGGAAGCUUAUAGUAAAUAUACAGAAAACGACUGUUCUAAGUAUUCUCGGGGGUUUUUCAGAUCAUUUAGUUAUUUCUAA